AUGGAGACAUCUGACAAGAAAAAUAUAAAUCGAAUAAGAGCAGCUAUAAAAACAAAUUGUUUCUCUGAUUUCAUAAAUGCACUUGGGAAUAUCAAAAAUACUGACCUGCUACUUAAAAAAGGUAGCUUAUUGGUAUUAGCAGCAGGGUUAGAAAACGAGGCUUUUGUUAGAGCAUUACUUAAGAAGGGAUUCGAUGUGAAUAGUAGAAGCAAAUAUCAAAAGACAGCUUUAAUGAAAGGUGCAGAACAUAGACAUCUGAACGUAAUUAAAUUACUGCUGGAAUACAAGGCUGAUGUGAAUUUAAUAGACAACUACAAUUGUUCCGCCCUACAUGAAUCUGUAAGGAAGGGAAACGGUUGCAUAGAUAAAUUUUUGGUGACACACAAUGCUGAUGUAAACUUGCAUGUUGAUAUGGUAAAGUUGCUGGUAGACCAUGAUGCAGAUGUUAAUUACGGCUGGACAUGCACACCUCUAUAUAAAGCCUGUGUGAACGAAUGUUUAGAAAUUGUUAAUCUUUUGGUUGACGCUAAAGCUAAUGUGAAUAUACAAGAUAGUUAUGGAGACACGCCGUUAUAUAUAUCUGUUAUGAACGGAAAUAUUGACAUUGUUAACUGUUUGUUAAAAGCUGGAGCAAACGUAAAUUUAGAAAGUAACUACAGAGUUUCGCCACAAUAUUGUAGCAUUAGCUUCAAAAACCGUAACAUCGAGAAAAAACAAAGGAGAUCCUCCCCUCUAUUUCAAGCUUGUAACAAAGGAUUUUUCGAAAUUACAAAAGCCCUAAUCGACGCUGGAGCCGAUAAGAAUUUUAAAAAUGAUAAUGGAGAAACUGCGCUAUGUAGGUCUAUUAUUAAAAGACAAUUUCAUAUUGUAAAGGUUUUAAUAGAGCAAGGCGCCGAUGUCAACCAUCACGUUGAUAGAACUGCAGAAACCGCACUUUUAUAUUCAGCAAGGGGAUGUCCCUCUGAAAUUGUAAAACUAUUAUUUCAGAAAGGAGCUGAUGUUAACUGGGUUAAUACAGAAGGGAAUAAUGCGUUAAUCUUAGCAUUAAACGCUGAACACAUAGAAACAGUUGACAUUUUACUAGAAAAUAAUCGUCAAACACCAAAUAAUUUGGGCACAUGUGUGUUGAAUUUAGUAUCAAGUGCAACUGUAACAAAUAAAUUAGGGCGGACAAUUUUUAUGUUAGCUGCUAUGAAAGGUAAUAAUAAAAUGUUAAUUGACAUAAAAGAAUAUAGUGAUCCCUCUAAGUUCGACGUUUAUGGAAACACAGCUUUUAUGUUAGCGGCCAUAAAUGGCCACCUGGACAUUGUAGAUUUACUGUAUGACGGUACUGUGGAUGUUAACUUUAAAGGACAAAACGCUCUCAUGUUAGCAGCUAUUGGUGGACAUGUUAAAGUGGUGAAGUCGCUGAUUUUUAAAGGGUUUGAUGUCAACAAAACAGAUUACCAUGGUAACACAGCUCUAAUUCUGGCUGGUAAACUAGAGGUUGUUGAGGUUUUGUUAAAAUAUGAAGCAGAUGUCAACGUGAUAAACUGUGAUGGAAGGAAUGCACUGAUGGAAAUUCUAAUAUCAACAUCUCUCUCUGAUAAGAAAAAAGCGCCGAUGAAAUCAUUGAAGAGUAUUAAACUACUUCUUGCAAAUAGUAAUGAUAGCAUUAAUUAUAUAGACAAAGAAGGGAAUUCAGCUUUAAUGUGGGUAUUUAAAACAGACAUAUUUAAAUCAAAAGCUUUAGUACAAGAGCUACUUCGUCACGGCGCUAAAGUCAACCAUGUCAACAACAAGAAAACCUCGGUGCUCAUGUUGCCAGUACAGAAGGGAUUUAUACCAGCAGGAAUUUAUAGGGACAUUGACAUGGGGGAUAGUGAAGGGAAGACGGCGUUAAUGUAUGCUGUAGAAACAAGCUAUAAUUCACAUAUAGUGCUGCAAUUGCUGGAACAACACAAGGCUGAUGUAAAUGUUGUUGAUAAUAAAGGGAAGACGGCGUUAGUGUAUGCUGUAGUAGGAGAAUGGCGUAAUAAACAUGUAGUGCGGCAAUUGCUGGAACAUCACAAGGUUGAUGUAAACGUUGUUGAUAAUGAAGGGAAGACGGCGUUAAUGUAUGCUGUAGUAGAACAAUGGCGUAAUAAAGAUAUAGUGCGGCAAUUGCUGGAACAUCACAAGGUUGAUGUAAACGUUGUUGAUAAUAAAGGGAAGACGGCGUUAAUGUAUGCUGUAGAAACAUGGCAUAAUAAACAUGUGCGGCUAUUACUGGAACAUCACAUGACUGAUGUUAACGUUGUUGAUAAUAAAGGGGAAACAGCGCUGAUAAAAGCUGUUAAAGAAAAUAGAGAAGAUCAUGUCAAGAUCCUGUUAGAGCAUAAAGCUGACAUUUACAUCCAAGACAAACAAGGUCGGACGGCGUUAAUGUGGGCUGCUAAAGCAAUAUGUGAUAGUCGUGAUAUUACCGAAAUAUUACUAGAGACUGAACCAUCAGAUCAAAACACACACCAGGUCAGUAGUCACAAGUCAGCUUUAGAUCAAACAGACAAUAAAGGAAGAACGGCUUUAAUGUGGGCUACUAAAUGUGGUGACUUAAAAGUCAUGGAAUAUUUGUUAGGUAGCGGGGUUAGUGUUUCACAGAUUGAUGCUGCAGAUAUAAACGCAGUAAACAAAUACAACAAAACAGCUUUGAUGAUAGCUUUUGAAAACAGAAACUACACGUUUAUAAAACAAGUCUGUGAACGUUAUAAAGAAGAUGAUGUUGUGUGUCCUAAAGGUAGAACUCUACUCAUGAUGGCGGCACAAGCUGGUUUAGUUAACACGGUGAAAUAUUUGAUUUUAAUAAACAAGACAGACGACAUCAAUAGGGUCAACACAAUAGGUCAAACAUCUUAUGACUUGGCAUUAAAGAAUGGACAUUACAGUGUAGUGCAGACUUUGGUAGAAAACAAAGCAAAGGUUAAUAUUAACGAUGUUUUAGAAUUUGUGUCAGUUUUUUCUGGUUUACACAAGUUACAUCAGAAGUCAAACUGUCCAGAGAACGGAACUCGUGACAUAGAAUUAUGGACAGCGUUUCUCAAUAAGUUGGAUCAACAGUCAGCUUUAGCAACCAACAGAGGUGAAAAAUCGACACGUCACAUUUACACUUCUGGUCUAAAUGAAUUUACUAGACACAAAAGUCAGGAUGAUAUUCAAGAAUGCAACUUAAGGAUUAUUAAUUUUCAAGAUUUGCUAAACAAGAUUUACGAGCCAGGAGCUGGAAUCAUCCUUGAUGUCCUAAAUAGAACAAGAGAACACUUUAAGGACGGCUGUCUUUUUGUAUCUCGUCUGAUCAGGAUGUUAUUUUUGGAUGUUGUAAGACAUGGAAAGUUGGAGGAUAAAAUUUCGUUUUAUGCAGAUACUUGCAUAGAUAUCUGCAUUAAAGCCAAGACAAUGGAUGCCAUAUCAAGAUGUUUUAUUUUAAUGACGAUUUUACACAUCGCAGAAUUGUACAUAAAAUCAAGUCAGGCGUUUAGAGAGUGUGUUGCAAGAAAAGGAAAUGUAAAUUACAUUAUCCCUGCUAUCAACGAGUUUCUAAACUACGAGGUACGACAUGUUUAA